CUCGUCGCCAUUUACCCCACCUUAUUUCCUAUCCUUAGCAGCAAUGUACAUCAAGAGGGUCUUCCUGCCUGCGCUUUUAGUAUUAAGUGCGUCGGCUGUCGUCAUGGGUGCGGACAACAACAGCAGCAGCAACAGUGCAAGUGCCGCUGAGUCGCCCACUGUUCCCUCUCCUACACCAGAGGCAUCGCCUGGCUCAGUGCCUAUCUCAAGCUCAAGAACAGGCCAGACCCGGGCUGCAGGUGCAAUUGCCACGCUCGCUGCUGACCAGAAAGCUGAGGAAUCCCCGGCAUCCAGUGCUGUGUAUGAAUCCGCGUCCGAGUCUGAGUCCGAGUCCGAGUCGGCUUCAGCUGAGAAUGCUACUGCUGAGCCCGCUGAUGUGGAAGCAAAGACAAUUCAUGCUGAAUGUAUGGCUGCUGGUGUCGAGGAUUGGGACCGCAAUCUGCAAAUCGGCGGUGUGUUCAUCAUCCUUGGCGUGAGUGCGCUCGGCUGCCUGUUUCCCAUUGCCUGCCAGUACAUCAGAUGGCUGCGCGUGAGUCCAGUGAUCCUAACCACAGGCAAGUUCUUUGGUGCUGGCUCCCUCAAAGACGACUGUCUGGAGGGACGGCUCGGCGACUUUGAUGCGUGGCCCCAGUUCCUGGCCAUGGUGGCCAUAUUGGCAAUGCAUUUGGUUGAGCACUUGCUGACGAACCAUAUCCACAAGUCGUGUGCGACCCAGAAAUCCGCUGGCAUCAGCACCGCCCUGGAUACUCGCAAGAUUGUGCACGAGGUGCGUGUGUCGACGAGUGGGUCCCAGGAUGGCAGCGAUGCGGCCAAGAGCAGCGGUGGUAACGAUAUCGAGAAGCAGUUUGAUCUUGAUAAUCUCACCAGCAGCCAUGCACAUGCACACGGGCUUUUGGUCGAUCCCGAGCAGCGCCGCAAGCACCUGUCGACGUACAUUCUUGAGCUCGGCAUUGCCUUGCAUUCUGUGAUCGUUGGCAUGACACUGGCAGUUACCGGCGGCGGCGAAUUCAAGACACUCCUGGCUGCCAUCAGCUUCCACCAGUUCUUUGAGGGGCUUGCCCUGGGCACGCGCAUUUCUGCACUGACAUUUGAGCGCCACGCCGUGAUGUUUGCCCUUUUGAACGCCCUUGUGUUUGCGCUGACGACCCCCUUCGGGCAGGCGCUGGGCAUUGGCAUCCGCGAGACGUUCGCACCGCGCUCGCCAACGACGCUACUGACCAUGGGCGUGCUGGAUGGUCUGUCCGCAGGCAUCUUGAUGUACUCGGCCAUAGUCAAUCUGCUGGUGGAGGAGUUUGGAUCGUCCUUCCGGGCACACUCAAAGAAGUCGCGGACGCUGUACUUUGCGGCGAUGUAUAUGGGCUGUGCUGCCAUGUCCAUCAUUGGAAAAUGGGCGUAAAAGUCGCUCAGCGGCCUUCAGAAACCAAAAGAGAUGGCCCUUGUGUUACCUCGCCUCCUCCCCCCCUUUUAUGCAUUUCUCGACCUUUCCAUUUUUCUGCAUUCCCAAUAUAGCGC